ACCACAUUCGCUGCUUUCAGUGUGGCCCGUGUCUUCAAUGAGUUUUGUCACGCUUUAGCGCAAAAACACAGCGGUUCGAGAUAUCCCUAUAUACCAUAUCAUAUAUAUCCUCCAGAGAUCCAGCAGUCAGCAGCAGCAAAUUAAACGACUUAGAAGUUUCGGGUUUCAUUUGACCACAUCAAAUCGCCACAAAAUGCUCACUCCUUGCCUGCUGCUAGUCGCCACAGUUGCCAGUUUCUGCCUGGAGGCUCAGGCCAUCCGGGUGGACUGGGGCACGAACACAGGACCGAUACAGCCGCCUCCGCCCCGCACCACCCCCCAGCCGCCGAGGAAGCCUUAUCGGGAUCCAGCGCCCGUCUGGGAGGACCAGAGCGAUGACAUACCCAACCCCAAUCCCUAUGUCUACGUCCUGCCACCUCCCUCGCGACCCAGGACCUGGGCGAUUCCCGCCGGACCCUAUGCGCCGCCCAACUACAACAACCAGCCGCCCAAGGGCAACAACUACGGUCAGCUGGUGCCCAGCACUUCCUACAGCGGCGGAGUGACCUCCGUGCCCGGACUGGCGGCCCAGUAUGUGCCUGGCCAGGGCAUCAAGUACACGGCGAUUGUGAUGGGCGACAAGCUGCAGGGCAAAUACAAUGCGAAGACCAAGAAGUACAAGGCCUACGAGAAGGCCAAGUACGCGUACCCCUGGAACUAUUUGCAGCAGUUGCCGGUGGAGGAGAAGGCCUUGGAAUGGCAGGCGGAGCUCGAGAAGCGGCUCGACGAGGAGCAGGCUCGCUUGCAGACGCAGAGUUCCUCCACUUCCAGCACUUCAACUUCAAGCACUACCAGCACCUCAACCUCCACUCCACCUCCAUCCGCAGACAGCACCACAACUGCCACAUCGACGACAACAGCAACAUCUACGAGCACGCAGCAACCCACAACAAUUGCCAAUUACAAGCUGGCACACGAGAAGAGCGCCCAUCUGAAGAAGCUCAACAAGCAGAAGAAGCUCCUACAGCUGCACAUGGAGCAGGAGAAGAUGGCGAUGAAGAAGCUGCAGCAGGAGCAAAACUCGUUGCAGACCAGUUGAGCGAUCCAAAACAGCCGCCAGCUGAAAGAAACAGAAAAACAAAAAACAAGAAAACAUUUAAGCGAACAUUAACUUUAAGACUUGCCCACAAUGUUGUAAAUAACUAUUAAUAAAAUUAAACAUCCCAUAAUAAAACCUAAUCGAAAUUAA